AUGAACAGGCGUGAAUCUAGGUUGCGUCUUGAAUAUAUUUUCCGAAAAAGUUUGGAAGAAAAGCAACAUCUGAUCGAUGAGAAGCGUCGAAUGGUGAAGAAAUAUGUGGAUGAAAACAAACGCAUACCGACACAUUUAAGAAAGGAUGCAAUUAUGUUGCAGCAGGAUUCUGAAUGGGGAGGGGAAGUAUCUACUGUCGACGAUGAAUAUCGUCACGCUGGUAUUGCAGAUCCUAAAAUCGUGAUAACAACAAGUCGUGAUCCCUCUGCUAAGCUCAAAGUUUUUUUAAAAGAAAUGCGUCUGAUGUUUCCAAAUGCCCAACGUAUCAACCGAGGUCAUUAUGAUAUUAAAAAACUAAUCCAGGCUUGUAAAGCAAAUGAAAUUACGGAUUUUAUAUUAUUAAAUGAGACGCGUGGUAAUCCUGAUGGAUUGGUUGUUUGUCACUUACCUUUUGGACCUACAGCUUACUUCACUUUAUCCAAUGUAGUUAUGCGGCACGAAGUUCCAGAUUCUGGGACAGUUUCGGAGGAGUAUCCUCAUCUCAUCUUUGACAGUUUAAAUUCUUCUCUUGGGCGUAGAAUAACGAACAUAUUGAAGUACUUGUUUCCCGUGCCGAAGAUUGAAAGUAGGCGAAUAAUUACUUUCAGUGGUAAUCACGACUUCAUCAGUUUUCGGCAUCAUACAUACAGUAAAAAUGAACAUGGUGAAAUAAUACUGCAGGAGAUAGGUCCAAGAUUCGAAAUGAAACCUUACUUGAUCAAAUUGGGAACAUUGGAAAAUGCCGAUGCAGAGAAAACUGAGUGGGUUCUACGCUCGUACACUAACUCAGCCAAAAAGAACCCACCUUUAUUAACAGUACCUACGGAUGACGAGUGA